AUGUCGUUUGAUUUCGAUUCCUACUUCAAGCAACUCGAUCCCCAGAACACCUGGACAGUCAAACGCCUUACAGGUGGUCUUGUCAACCUUACUGUCCGCGCUUCGAAGAGCCAAAAUGAGGAGAGCCUUUAUGUAGCAGCUGGCAAGGCUGGUCGGUUCGGUAACAGCCAGAGUCUGAUAUUGAAAUACGCACCGCCCUUUGUAGCAAGCGUGGGUGAAGCCGCGCCAUUCGACCAGGCCAGACAGACGUUCGGCCAAUUUUUCGCCGAUCUUCAUGCUGAGGGGACGCUGAAUCUGAUCAAACCACAUGGCACCGAUCCCAAGCUGACCCGGUUCGAUAAUAGUAGUAUGAAGGAAGUAGUUCGAAGAGCAGCAGUGUCGACUAUGAAACCGUACCUUGGCCAGUUCAACUGCGCUGACGCAGAGAAGCUAGGUCAAGUUGUUGAAGAAGACUUUGACCGCGAGGCGGUAUGGGAUGGAGAACAGUGUUUCAAUGUCGGAGAUCUAUGGCCAGGAGGCAUUCUCAUUGAAUCUUCGCCAGCGGCCGCUAAGUUUCCUAAACUCGGAGUUAUUGAUUUUGAGUUCUCAGGCCCCGGAAGAGGUGUUAACGGAGACAUGGCACAGCUCCUUGCCCACCUCCAUUUAUACUACAUAGCAUGGGGAUAUUGUGUCGAUCCGCUGGGGCUGCAUGGCAACUUUACACUGCUCAUCCUCCUGGCUCUGGUGAUCGCAAGAUGCAACUGGAAUCAUCCUCGCCCCCUCCUGCAUCUUCCCACGCUGGUCGUGUAUUCCGAUCAUCCCUUCUCUUACAUGGACGAGAAAUUAUAA